AUGGAUAUCCGGACAGCAGAGAAAAUAAUUCUACUUAUUUUUCUGUUGAAAGGUGUUUGCUGUAGAGAUUUCAGCAUCAGUCUGACAGAGAAGAUUGAAGCUCUCAGUGGAUCAUGUGUGAUCAUAAAGUGCACAUUUGAGAUUGAAGAUGAAUAUGACAAAUACCUCACUGAGAGUGAUGCUACAGGAUUGUGGCUCAAAUAUGGAUAUAAUGUGAAUAACCAUCUAGUGUUUAACUCCAGAGAUCCCAAACCUGAUCACUUUAAAGGGGAAAUAACUGGAAAACUACAUGAGAAGAACUGCACCACUAUAUUUUAUGAUGUUAGUUCAAAUCAUAAUGGUAAAUAUUACUUCAGGAUUGAGAGUGGUCCUCUGAAAUUAACCUACAACAUGAACACCUCCACUAUAAAUGUCAUUGAGUCUCCCCCCAAACCCACAGUGAAGCUGUAUGAGGAGCAGAAGGAGGUUCAGGAUCAGGAGGAGGUGUUGGAGGGGAGCUCUGUGAGUCUGCGCUGCUCUGCUGAGACUCUCUGCUCCUCUCCUCCACCAACUCUCACAUGGAGCUCCACUCCCAGAAUCCCCCUCAGUGAGAGCAGCAGACAACAGGAGCUCAUCUCUGAUCUGAACUUCACUGCUGCUCACCGUCACCACAGAGUCACUUUCACCUGCACUAUAACCUACCAGAUACUGGACAAGAACAAAACAGCACAGGACAGCAUCACAUUACAUGUUCAGUAUGCCCCUAAAAUCUCUCCCUCCUCCAGUUGUAACAGAACUGAUGUAAUUGUGUGUUUCUGUGAGGUUGAUGGGAAUCCCUCUCCUGAACUGGAGUGGCAUCUGUCUGGACGUCCUGUCACUAACUCUUCAGACACGUUCAUCAGUGAAGAGCGAUUGAGCAGCACAGUCUUGAGGAGCUCCAUCACUCUACAUCAGUCACUCACACACACAUCUCUGCAGUGUGUCGGCAACAACACUCGUGGCACUGCAAGAAAACUGUUUCAACUGAAUCUCUCUCCUUUGCAGUGUACAGAUUAUAAACAGGUUACAGUUUCCCUCCUGAUCAUAUUAAUGCUGAUUCUGGUUUUGUACGCUCUGACUGUUGGACUUGGAAUCUACAAAAUUAGACAAUUGUCCACAAAGCUAAAGGCUCAGAAUGAGGCAGCAGACACAUAUGCUUCUCUUCAGCUCUCUGCUCCACCCUCUGAAUAUGAAACUUUGAACAUUAAGAGAGAUGACACACAAUAA